AUGAUCGACACCGCCGCCAUGAGCGGAAUCCCGGUCGCCGAGGACAACAUCAUCAACCGGCGCGGUGGAGAAUCCAUCUACCAAAGUUGUGUGAAUUUGAAGCGCCGGCUUUCGGAAGUUCCUAACUUCGAGCCUUAUCUUCAGGCGAUGGCUGCGGAGGAUGAAUCGCGGGGUAACACGGAUCCAGUAUCUUCGUUGUGGCAGUGCCUGCGAAAUGGCUAUCCGUUGUUGAGUAUCUACAAUGCAUCUGGUCCGGAUGAGGAGCUGGUAGUCGACCCUGCCAAGGUGCCCGAGGCGAAGCGCCCCAAGGCGGCCACCUUCAAGUUUCUUCAGGCUUGCUUGCAAGACUUGGCCUUCCCCCAGCAGGACUGUUUCUUGAUCACUGAUCUUUAUGGUGAAAGCACCACAGGCUUCAUCAAGGUCAUCAAAAUGGUGAACCGUGUGGUGGAUAUCCUUGAAAUGCAAGGCCAACUGAAGCGCCCUGAAGUGACCGAUGCUCCCGUAGGUGCACAGGGAACCGUGAAGCUUACCAAGCGUGAGCAUAUUCUCAAGGAACUGUUGGAGACCGAACGCGACUAUGUCCAUCACUUGCAAAACCUUCAGGCACUGAAGAAGGAGUUGGAGGAGACGGGUGCUCUGACCGGUGAUGCGAGCCAUCAAAUUUUCCUGAACCUAAACAAUCUUCUGGACUUUGCCCAGCGAUUCCUGAUUCGGAUGGAGCAACAUUAUGCGCUCCCAGAGGAGAUGCAAAAUUGGGGUCAUCUCUUUUUUUCGCACGAGGAAGCUUUCAAGCAGUACGAACCGUUCAUCGCCAACCAGAUGCGCUGUGAUGAGGUCUGUAUGCAGGAGUGGGAUAAAAUUCGGAGCUCACCCCGUCACCCGGACCUCCUGCAGAUGGUCGCACAGCCCAAAACUCUGAAUGGAUUCUUCGUCAAGCCUUUCCAGCGGCUAACCCGGUAUCCGCUUAUGCUGUCGGAACUGCGCAAACAAACCGAAGACCCUCAAAUACAGGCCGACAUCACCCACGCCAUCGAUUCCAUUCAGAAUACACUGGACUCGGCCAACGAGGCCAUCCACAAGGAACAUCUGGCUGCAGCAGUAGUGGAUCUCUCCGAGCGUGUUGAUGAUUGGAAGUCAUUGAAGAUGGAAGCCUUUGGAGACCUGCUUCGAUUUGGCACUUUCGCAGUGGUCAAGGGAGACAGUGGCAAGGAUAGUGAGCGAGAGUAUCAUAUCUACUUGUUCGAACGCAUUCUUCUGUGCUGCAAAGACAUCAACCCCAACAAGCAGAAGAGCAAACUCAUGAUGAACAAAGAUAAGCCCUCGCUCUCAUCCAAGGGCAAGGCCCGUCUUCAACUGAAAGGUCGGAUCUACAUGGCAAACGUUACGGACAUCGUCUGCCUUCAAAAGCCUGGUCUCUACCGUAUCCAAAUCUUCUGGAAAGGUGAUCCUGGCGUUGUCGACAACUUCAUCAUUCGUUAUGUGAAUGAAGAUACUAUGCGGAACUGGUAUAAGGAUAUUGAUACUCAACGUGCCAUCCAAUCAGAGCGACGAACGCUCCGCAAUACUGGUACUUCGGACAGCGAGUUUACAUACAUGGAAGGCAUGGCAAACAUGCCUAACCCAUACCAGCAAGAGUACGAUGUCGAGGAUAUGCCCAAGGAUGGCACCUACCACUCCGAAUUCCCCAUGAGCCGAAAUGCUUCCAGUACCAGCCUGAGGACUCGAUCUGCUACCGGAGGCAGUACUGGUUCUGUACCCCACUCUAAUGGCCGUCCACGAUACCCUGGAGACCCCGCGCUUUCUGUGCAUACCCAAUUCCCUGGUGCUGGCAACAUGUCCCCAGGCGACCGGAACAUGAAUUCGUAUUUCUCGCCCACGGAAACCCCAUCCACCCGGUCUAGCUCCCAGUCUGGGUUCUCGUUCGGACGCCAAAACACCAAUUCGACAAUUGCAUCCAGUGUAUGGAAUGAGGAGUCCAAUCGUUACACUGCCCCCGCCCUGUCUCGUGGAACCUCAAGAGAUGGUAGCACACCAACCGGGUAUUUCCCUCCGCAACCCAACGGACGGGGUGCUCAGCGUCCAUCCCUGCCCCCGCUCUCGGGACCACAGGCACCGUCUUCGAAUGGAACUGCUCAGCGAAUGCGUUCCGCGAGUAGUCCCGACAUCCACCAUCACAACAAUGGUCCAGACUCUCGGCGGUAUAUGGGAGUGCACACGAUGCAGACAGUAGACAAUGUUCCGGUGCCGCCAAUCCCUGCACAUAUGGCGAACAUGAAGGCACCGGUCAACCGAAGCCAGAACAACUCUCCCACGAAUAACCAGCUUCCCAUUCGCACCAACCUUCACCACGCUCACCCCACGCAUUUCACCGAGCCAGAGUACAACGAGUCUCGUGGGUCGGGGCAGGUCUCCGAUGCGGCGACAUCUCCCUUGAGCCAAGAGCCCGAUGGAGAUUCGUAUAUGCCAACUCAACUCAAGGCGAAGGUGAACUUUGACGACAACUAUGUCACAUUGGUCAUCGCCACCAACAUCUUGUUCCGCUCCCUCACGGACCGCGUUGACGCCAAGCUGGCCCGAUUCACCAACCGAUCCAUUGGCAACAAGACCGUUCGACUGCGUUAUCGUGACGAGGAUGGAGACUUUAUUACCAUUGACAAUGACGAGGCCGUUCAGCUUGCCUUUAUUGAAUGGCGUGAGCAGCACCGAGAUAUGCUUGCCAAGGGCAUGGUGGGUGAGAUUGAGCUGUAUUGCCAGGUGGUUGACUAG